UGCCUCGUGAAGUUUUUGUUUUCCUCUUCGAUUUUGUGAAAAAUCUUGUGCCAGCUUUGGUUGUUGCUUUGCAGAAGGAAUACCUAGUUUAACUUUAUAUUUAUUCAAUCAGUAAUGCAUUAGCAGGGAAUACUUUUUUCUCUCAUUUGAAUAUUAUAGAUCAUUUGACCACUUUAUAAAGUCCAAACGCAGAGGAUGCUCAACAACAUGGUGCAUUUGACCUUAUUUGUUCUACUGUUUUAGAAGCUUAUCUGCUAGGACUCUUCAUUUUUUUUUUUUUUACAAUUUAAUGGCAACUGAGGAGCAAGUUGAGUAGUUCAAGUGAAUGUGCAGAUCAAGAAGUGAUAGCAUGCAACUAAGCAAGAGUGUUAACAAUUGUCUUCAGCAUUCAUGGCAAACAGAUUCGAGGAUUCAGUUUUCUCACAUUGUGUAAUCAAUACUUUGUUGGAUGAUCAUUAGCCUUCAAGUGCCUGAUUUGAAGUUGAAAGUAAUGAAGAAUCUUUGUUGUUGUGUGCUCACUCGAUAAUUCAACAAAUCAAGUAGACCAACAAUAGCACUUCCUGAGUGUCUAAUUUCAACAUCUUGGAUUGGAAUGGAGAAUGACAUUUUCAGUGGCUCAUUCUUCAACUUUAACCAUAAUAAUAUGAUUCUCGAUCCAACAUUUGGUUCUUUUCUCCAGUCAGGCAUACCAGGCAACAAUAUCCACAGGCAAAUGUUUGUCAGUAGUCCCUUUGUUUCUACAGCUCAAGAAACAGCAACUGCUGAUGCUUACUUGACAAACAACGAAACUAGUUCAUUUAGUGAAGCCUUUACUCAUAUUGGUAAUGAUUCAUUCAGUCGAUCCAUGGCCAACGUUGGCCUCCGUGAACAUUUUUCAGGAACUUCCCUUUCUGCCACUUCGCUUGCUAAUCUUUUAUCUUCCUCCACCUGUUUGCCGGAAAAUAUUAUCUCCGAGGAUAUGAUAGUUUCUUCUUCACUUGCAGCAUCACCUCACGGUAACUUUGGAUCGACAAGUGGUGUGAAUCUCCUUGCAUCUAAAAAUGACAGUGUUGGUUGUUCGUGGAAUCAGAGUGAAUUGAUCGAUGAUCAAAUGCCUUUAGGCAAAACGUUCAGUAUAGUUCAACCAUCCUAUCAUGUUAAAAAGAGUUCACAGCCUGGUUGGAAUUUCCACGACUCAAAUUGGAGUUUCGGCCAUGCUUACGACAACCCUGCACUAGCUCCUGGAAGUGAGCUUUCUCUCAGUGUUGGUUCCUGUCAGCCAUGUCUCACUGACACAGGCAACAUUGCUGAUCAAUGCUCUGAAAUAAGCUGUUCUGCUGUAACUCAAGUUACAUCGGCCGAUAGUUCACGCUGUCCGACUGAGUUUCGUGCCUCCAAUGAUGCUAAUCGAAUCUCUUUUCAUGAUUUCUGUUUGGGAGUGACACACAAGGAGAAUGAUGCAUACACUGAGAAGCCUACUCGAAAUCACUCUUCUUCUCACUUUGUUCAGUUAUCCCAUAUUUUGUCAAGAUCCAAAUAUCUUCGUGCAGUGCAAGAAGUUCUUGCUGAAGCUGCCGCAUAUGCACUAUCGGAUUAUAACAAUAUGGAUGAUUCAUUGAAUCUGAUUGAUGGCGAGGCAAAAAAUUUUUCCUCAAGCUGCUCUAGCACGCCCGAACAUCCUAUAACUGUUUCUGAAUUGCUACUUGCAUUCGGGCAAACUGAACCCUUGGACAAUGCGGAUGCUCAAAAGUGCCAGGAAGCUAAUAGAAAGAAAAGUGAGCUGCUAACAAUGCUUCAAUUGGUGGAUCACAGUUACAAGCACUGCUCGGAGCAGCUACAGAAUGUUAAGGCGUCCUUUGUUUCCCUAAUCCAGUCAAGCAUCGCUGACCGCCAUGCCCGCUUCGUGUUACAUUCAGUUUCAUCACUCUACAAAAGCUUGAAAAGGAGAAUUACUAGUUUGAUUAUUUUGAUUGCUCAACAACCGGUCGCCGAAAACCUCAAAGGAAAGGAAAGGAACCUCGAAUCUUCGUUACUCCAGAAGCAGUGGGCUCUUCAGCAGCUGAGGAAGAGUGAACAUCAGUCAUGGAGGCCACAGAGAGGUUUGCCCGAAAAAUCAGUCUCCGUUCUACGUGCCUGGAUGUUUGAGAACUUUCUGCACCCGUAUCCGAAAGACAACGAGAAGCAGUUGCUUGCAAUUAAAAGCGGUUUGACUCGGAGCCAGGUCUCCAAUUGGUUUAUAAAUGCUCGUGUUCGUCUCUGGAAACCGAUGAUCGAGGACAUGUAUGUGGAACUCAACAAGAAGAAAACGGAUGAAGCAUUGGAUGGUGAGCGCAGGAGGUUUCAAGUCAGCUGAAGAAGUAGUUUUACUGCAACUUGUUGAAGUGAAUUUCAACUUGUUUUGGUGCAUUGUGGGAAAGUGAUGUCUUCAUUUGUGUUCUCGGUUCUUGUAUCGUCGACUCAAGAUUCUGUAUAUGCACAUAUUGCGAUGUCGAAUUUGGUCUACAAAUGUGUUUGAUGACCCAAAA